CGAAGCUCCUUAACUUCAGAACAGCGACUCGAUCUGCGGAAUAUCUGCCGUGAGCAGGAGGAGAAGAGGAAGAAGAGGUUCAGCUGCGGACCUGAAGGAAAGCAGGGAGCGGGACAAGGAACUACCCAGCGUGCACCAGUGAGCUGCUGUCCGUCAUGGCGACCAUUGUGAUGGAGCGGAUUGGCCGAGUGUUCAUCAGCCUGCAGCAGAUCAGGCAGGUUCCCCAGAUGCUGACCGAGGCCGCUCCCUCCAUGCCCGGCACCGUCAGAGACACCGAGGUUCCUUACUACUUCAGGGAGCGCUAUGUUUGCACCGGCUACCGGCCGCUCAACCAGAACUGGCGUUACUACCUCCUGUCCAUGUUCCAGCGCCACAACGAGACCGUCAACAUCUGGACUCACCUGCUGGCCUUCCUGGUGUUUCUGGUGAAGCUGAGUCAGCUUGCUGAGACUGUGGACUUCGUUGAGGACCAGCAUUCGUGGCCCCUGCUGGUCCUCAUCCUGUCCUCCCUGAUCUACUCGGCGUUCAGUGUCGCAGCUCACAUGCUGGGUGGCAAAUCUGAGCUGUGCCACUAUUGCUUCUUCUUCCUGGACUACGUUGGGGUGGCGCAGUAUCAGUACGGCAGCGCUGUGGUUCACUUUUACUACGCUGUGGAUGAGGGCCUGCACGGACGCCUGCAGGGGAUCUUCAUGCCUGCUGCCGCUGUGCUCAGCUGCCUCUCGUGCCUGGGGUGCUGCUACGGAAAAUACUGCAACCACAGCCAGCCGUCGUGGGUGCGGAAGGUGUGCCAGGUGGUGCCCUCGGCGCUUGCCUACAUCUGGGACAGCAGCCCUGUGGCUAACAGACUCCUCGGCUGGUCCAGCAGUGACCCAGCCAUCAUCUACCACCUUGGCCAGGUGGCUUUCUUUCUCAGCUGUGCCUUCUUCUUCACCUUCCCCCUGCUGGAGGGCUGCUUCCCGGGACGCUGCGACUUCGUGGGACAGAGUCAUCAGAUGUUCCACGUUUUCCUGUCCUGCUGCACCCUGUGUCAGAUCCAGGCCUCUCAGCUGGACUACCUGAGCCGCAGGAAGCUGUACUCGCACCUGCAUGAGGCCGGCGAGGCUGCUGUGUUCGUGGGACUGUACGUGGUCACUGUGGUUACAUGUGCACUAAUUGCUGUUCUCAUGCUGAGGAAAGUUAAACAAGUGCUUGAGUUCAAAACCAAGUCCAAAUAACUAAUUAAUAUGCAUAGCAUCUAUGUGCCUUUCAUUCCAGACGCUGCUUUGAUAGAGAGGGAACUAAUUAUUUUUGCUGCCAGUAAAACAGUUCGUAGCAAAGAGGGAUACACAACGGCAUUAGGAGGUAGGAUUUUAUAUUCUUAUGUAUUGCAAUUUUUGUACUAAUACACAGGGUGUCAUUUAGUGGCAAAGGCUCAGACUUU